AUGCAAAACUGGUACACUAUUUUCCCGAGCGCCUUGGAGCUGUACCAGACCUCUUUGCGCGACCCCAUGUUCUACCAGUUCUACGCUCGCAUCCUGAACUAUUUCCAACAAUGGAAAGAGUACAUGGAACCCUACAGCUAUAGCCAGCUUUAUUUCCAUGGAGUCAAGAUCAACGAUGUUAAGAUUGACAAACUAGUUACCUUCUUCGAGCCCUACGACUUUGUCAUCACCAACGACAUCUUCCACAGCAUCGAAGAGUUCAAGGCUAACAAACCGUAUGAUGGCAACACAUACGAUGUAUAUUCGGUCCGUCAACCUCGUCUGAAUCACAAACCCUUCACCGUCACUGUCGAUGUCAAGUCUGAAGUCAGCACUGACGCCGUGUUCAAGAUCUUCCUGGGUCCCAAGUACGACAGCAAUGGCUAUCCUCUUAAUAUUGAAGACAAUUGGGUGAACUUUAUUGAACUGGACUGGUUCAUUCAUAAGCUGACUCCUGGGCAGAACAAGAUUGAGCGCCGUUCGCUUGACUUUGUCCCGCACAGGGAGGAAGGCGUCCCCGCGGUUGAACUCUUCAAGCUGAUGAAACAAGGAAAGGUUCCAGUCGAUAUGUCUGAGAAAUUCUUAUACCAGCCCCAAAGAAUGAUGCUGCCUAAGGGUACGAAGGGUGGUUUUCCGUUCCAGUUGAACGUCGUCGUCUACCCCUCAACACCUCUGCCUCAGGAAAUGGAAGUGUUGAAGGCCCACUUCCCCGACGCCAAGCCCGUCCUCUACCCCUUCGACCGGCCCGUGUACGAGCCCUACUUCAAGCAGCCCAACAUCUACUGCGAGGAUGUGUUCAUCUACCACGAGGGUGAUGACAUUGCCAACUUGUACAACGUUAAGCAGUACUACCCCGGCUACAAAAACCAGGAGCCUAAACGCUAAAAGGAGAGAGAAUGAAUACAAAACCAUUUUAGUACGGUUCGUAAAAGGACACAGCGAUAUCAUAUACCUAUAUGAUACGAGUUCUUAGUGUUGCAUAGUAGUGGCAUUCCUGACUAUACUAAUAAAAUAGCCAAUCCGCAUAUUUCUGUGAUAUUGAUAUGCUUUAAGAUUAGUUUCAACUUAUUUACAAUAUACCUUAUUAAAUCGCUAAUUAUUGAAUGUUUUUGUAUGUAUAAUGACACCCAUUUACCUAAUUUCAAACUAUUUCAUUUUCAUUACAAGUUUAGGGCAUGUUCCCAAAGCUCAAAGAAUGCUGUCGAGUCAGUUGCUAAAAAUCUGAACUAAAAUGUCAAAAAACUGAACAUACAUUGGACACCAAAAUUAUA